AUGGCUACUGAUCCCACUGACGUCGGUCCUGCUCCUGGGAGCUCCGCAACAAAUCCCGGCAGAUUGAGAAUGUGCCACUACCGUCACCUGACUUUCACCAAGUUCUAUCCCAUAUGGGGCAAUCCCUCAAGAGUGAGCGCAAACCUUGUUGAUAAGUACUUCGUUCCGGAAAAUCUGUACGCCUACAGAUCAGGAGGUCCCGUGUAUGAGGUUCAGUUCCCAGACAAUGCGGUCAUGGAAGUGUUGACUUGUCGCAUGGAGAAAUGCUUCUCUUGCAAAGCCAAAGGCCUGGCAGCAGUCAAGGAAGGUCCAACCUCGAAUGUGCACUUGAUCCAUCGCGUCGAUACGAAGAUGGAUCCUGGAAAGACAAUUCCGAGGUACAUCGCCAAGCCAAAGACACGAUACGAGCAUCCUGAUUGGCAGGCGAUGACGGAGUUGAAGACAGUCAUGUUUGAGCUCGGGGGUCCAGAUGGAGAGUCUUCUGUUUACGUUGCGUGUCGGGUUUGUGUGGAAGGACACUGUGAGGCGUGUGACGAUCGGGAUAGGCGGAAGCGUGAAGGGCUGUUGUUGGAAGAUGAACUCGAUGUGGAGGAAUUGGAUGAAAAGUAUGAGAAGGACAAGAUCGAAAAGGAAGAACGCCAGAAAAGACGCGAAAAGAGGCGAAUUCGCAGGGAACAUCUCAAGAAGAAAGCUGAGCAGGAGGCGCUUGAGGCGGAGAAGCUCAAGAAGGAUGGCCCGGACGAGGAGCCUUCUUGGGACGAGGAUACCAAUUAG